GAGUCAUGACGGGAGUAUAGCAACUUCACCGGGUCGCCAUGGCCGACCUGACAUGCGCGAUGCUGCCGAAAGGAGAACUCUGCAUGGCCAUAAUCAAGCAUCAUCCGGGAACACGAGGAGUAAGUGUGUGCCGCGCUUUCUCACCGAUCAGACGCACCUAGUAAUACGGCCAGCUAAUGUCCUUCAAAGGUAGACGCCAGCAAAGCAAUAGCCUCGACGCUAAUGAUACUGAGGAGAAUCUCCUGGAUACGAAGAGAAGGAGGUUGUUGCGACAGAGCGACUGGGCGGGUCUGACGCGACCGAAGCUUCUGAUGUUGAAUUUCCAAGCCCAACGAGGACGGGACGAGAUAGGCAAACGCAGAAAGACCAGCCACCACAACGCAUUGACCAUGCACGAGGACCCUUCUAGGCUCGUGCCACUACCAGAAGCUGGCACCCGCCGACAGCUCGGCGGUGGCGCCCGUCAACACCACGAUAUCAAAGUUCGCAUUGGUAGCGAUGCAUUGACGAACAGGACAACUGUGCACACUUCCCCGCAAGCUCAAGCAUCUGCCACAUGGGACGAAGUCUCGUCUGAGGAGAUGACCUCGGGCAAUGCUGCUCUGCAUAGAGCUGCCCCAAAGCCGGGGCAGCAGGCAGAUCCAAACGCUCGUAGGUUCGUGGGGGCGCCGACGCACGCCCUUCACCCUCGAAAUUCGACGUGGGGGGUAAUGCCGCGGAACCAGCAGCUUCACUACGUUGGCGGUUCUGCAGGCAGUAUGCGCGUUGGGCUAAAUGAAGACUCCAACGCAUCGCCUAAUGACCAGAGCGUCGUCAGUUCGUCUGCUGAAGAUCAUGUCAGCGCGAACAAAAGGGGUGAAGUCUCGAACUACUGUAUCACGCAGCAGGUUGAAGGCACUACCCGCUCAUUGCGCCUCACUUUCGACGCGGCGACCGAGUUUUCAGCCAUGGCCCCAAUAGAGAACGCGUCCUCGUGCAACCUGAUCGGUGAAUCGAAUCAUAACCACUAUACCGCUAAUGCAGCGGUGACAGAAUCCGGCCAUGUCCAAAUGGAAGCAGGAGCCGCCGGUAAUGCUGAACCCAGGCCCCCUCAUGAUAUCGACGAGGGUCCUUGGAUGACUUUUCUCCCAGUCCAGGCGAACAGUUCCAGUCUUUCGGUCGCAGACGAUCUAUCUGCACUCAAUCGGGCACAUGAUCGGCCGGCAAUACACCCCCUAUCUAAUUCUGCGUCGUGGUCACAGCGAGCUACUCAAGGAGCUCGAGCGUUAGCUGAUGCGUCCCUGUGCGUCUCUCCGUGUUUGCCUUCUAUCACACAAAAAUGCGAGAAGGACGAGCUACGAGAACAUGUGCAUGCGGGACCCGGAAGGUCGGAACGUUCAGAGAAGCAUAUCGACGGGAACGACGAGUUCUGGCAAAGACUCGUGUUCGGGAGUGACAAGCUCGACUCAACAGAUGGAAGACCUGAGGCAACAAGCCCAGACAAGGUGAUUAUGGACGAAAGGAGAAUUGUUCCGUUUGUGGCCGUGUCACGUAGCUCUACACCGUUCGAUCCGCUCCAUGGUCCUGGCUUUUGCGUAAGCGACAGUACACAAGCUGCAGCAACCCGUGCGCCACUCGUAACGUCUUCAGGGUCCAUGUUGCCCAUAAUCACCUCAUCGACAGCUCCACGGUCGCGAUAGCCUAAGCAAGGAGCGUGGAGAUACAGCUGGGAUUGAGGACAGCCGUUUCGGAUCGCAAGUUUCGGUGACUCAGCACGAGCAAUCCGCAUUGGCUUGCAAUGUGAGCGAGGCCGCUAGAUUGACGGUGUCGGGCCUACUCGUAUGAGCAAAAUGGACGUGCAACGUA